UGUUUUUAUUCUCUCAACUUCACUCACAUGGUUCUCUAUUUCAAAAAUGGCUGCCGUCGUGCAAGAUCACAAUUCCAGAAUUGAAGAAGAAAAUGAUGAAAUUAGGGAAGAUCCUAAUGAUGUGGAUGAUGCUGAAGACGAAUUAAGUGCCAAAGAUCCAGCCCAAAAGAAAAAGAAGCGAAAGAAGAAGAAGAAAGCUGCUGCCCCUCAAGAUAGUGUUAAUGAUACUUCUGAAGAUGUUGAAAUAGUUACUCAAAAGUUGCAACAUCAAGUUAUUGACGGAGAAGCUAAUAACAGAGAUGCAGAUGUUGAAGAUGAUGGAAAAGGAGAAAAUGUUGAAGCCAGCAAAAAGAAAAGGAAGAAGAAAAACAAAGGUAGUGGAGGAGUAAAGCAAACUGACCCACCGUCCAUCCCUAUUAAAAAUCUAUAUCCAGAUGGUAACUUCCCAGUUGGACAAGAAGAACAAUACAGUACUGGAGCUGAUGGACGCACUGGUAAGGACAGAUUUACUUCAGAAGAGAAGAAAGCUAUUGAACAGAUGGAACAAGAUAUAUACAAAGAGAUCAGAAUAGCAGCUGAAGCUCAUAGACAGACUAGACAAUAUAUUAGGAAAUUUAUUAAACCAGGAAUGACUAUGAUAGAAAUAUGUGAGGAGUUAGAGAAAACAGCUAGAGCUUUAAUAGAUGAGAAUGGCCUUCAGUCUGGAUUAGCCUUUCCCACGGGUUGCUCUCUCAACAACUGUGCUGCUCACUACACUCCUAAUGCUGGGGACACCACCGUCUUGACCUAUGAUGAUGUUUGCAAAAUAGAUUUUGGAACCCAUGUUAACGGACGUAUAAUUGAUUGUGCCUUCACUCUUACCUAUAAUCCCAAAUAUGACAAACUUCUUGAAGCUGUUAGAGAAGCAACUAAUACUGGUAUUAAGGAAGCGGGAAUUGAUGUAAGGCUGUGCGAUAUUGGUGAAGCUAUUCAAGAAGUAAUGGAAUCUUAUGAAGUAGAACUAAAUGGAAAAACAUACCCAGUUAAAUCUAUUCGGAAUUUGAAUGGUCACUUGAUUGGGCAGUAUCGAAUACAUGCUGGUAAAACAGUACCUAUUGUCAAAGGUGGAGAAGCAACCAAGAUGGAGGAAGGUGAGUUUUAUGCAAUAGAAACUUUUGGAAGUACUGGCAAAGGUUAUGUUCAUGAUGAUAUGGAAGUAUCUCAUUAUAUGAAAAAUUUUGACACUGGUCAUGUGCCGUUAAGGUUAGCACGAUCUAAACAACUUUUGAAUGUCGUAAAUCAAAAUUUUGGAACUUUGGCAUUUUGUCGUCGGUGGCUUGAUCGUCUGGGCCAAACAAAGUACCUGAUGGCUCUGAAAGACUUGUGUGACAAAGGUAUCGUGGAUCCUUACCCACCCCUGAGUGAUAUUAAAGGCUCCUACACCGCUCAGUUUGAGCACACAAUAUUGCUUCGCCCCACCUGCAAAGAGGUCAUUAGUCGAGGAGAGGAUUAUUGAUCUUCAGGCUCAAACUAGGACUCUCUUCUUUUUUUUUAAACAUCAAACAAUUCUUAUGUUUCUUUUUUCCUUCUCUUUUUUUUGAUUCCCCCUAUUUUUGUUAUGAAAUGCUUGUUAUAUCAGAGUAUUUUCAUUGUUGCUGUUUGGAUGUGUGGUAAAACCAUUAACAUUUUGGCAUUCACUGAAAACAUUUGACUUAUCAUGAAACUGCAGCUAUCUUUAAAUGCUUCCAAGAAAUAUUGAAACUUAAUGUACGUAGAAAUUUUUCAGCCAAUUUGGCUUUUGUUUUUUUGUUGGCGCUGCAAUAGCUAAUCGUUUUUCCCGUUUUAAAUUAUUUAGAUGUUUUUAAAUGUACUCUAACGGGGUUGCCACUCCACAGGGAAAACCUGGAAAAUACAGGGAAUUUUAAUAAUAGGGGAAAUUUGAGUUUUUUCUUACAAACUGGGAAUUUUAAUUCUUAUUUUCCUCUUUUGAAAAAUGGUGACCACUCUAAAGUUAUGGCAUAUUUAAGGAUGAUAUUUCAAGUGUACUGAACUAUUUCAUUUACUAUAUGGCAUUAUUUGUUUUAAGUAUGUUGAGCUGUUUUCCAGCAAUAAAAUAAAACUAGUAUAGUUAGCCCAAUAUAACUCACACACAAGUGAUUGCACACUUCUCAAUAUGUUGUGUAUAAUAUGUACAGGGAAAACACGGGGAAAUUUUUUUUUCGAUAUUUGAGUGGCAACCCCGAAGCUUGAAAUUGCAGCUAUCUAAAUACUUGAAACUUUUCAGGAAAUUUUGAAACUUAAUAUGUGUAGAAAUUUCUGUCAUAAUCUGACUUUUUUAUUAUUAUUGGUGUUGUAAUAGCCAAGUUCAUUUUUCCAGUUUAAAAUUUUUAAAUUGCUUAGAUGUUUUUAAAUAUACUAUAAAUUAAUUAUUAAGAUUAGUUACUUUGCCUAAGUUUGGCAGGGAUUUUAUUUGUGCUUACAAUAUUGCUAUACUAAAAAAAGAAAAAUUAUACACAAAUUUUUUUCUCAGUAUUUUUUCUGAAUAUAAUUUUUUUUAAAUCUUUAGCAAAAAGUAAAGGAUUUAGUAUCUAAAUAAAAAAAAUAGAAUAAAUGAAAGCGAGAUCUUGCAUAAAAUCUCUUCAGUUUCUUGAAAGGUAUAGAGAGAGAUAAGCAUCAUUAUGCUAUUGUGAGUAUUGGUUCUAAGUGAUACCAGACAAAAAGUCUUUAAAAAUUAAAAUUGGUUGUUUUUCUCUAAUUUUAUCAUUUUAUUUGCUUUAUUUUAAGUGAUUAAAAAAUUUCCGUAACAUUAUUUUAGAAUAAUUUUUUGAUUUCCACAUUUUUUUUUUAAUGAAAGUUAUGUCAAAUGUAGACUUUUAAGUUGGUUUCAGAAAAUGCUAUUUAUGGCUUGGUUUUACUAUUCACUUAUUAAUUUACAAUUUCAAAAGUCGCCAAAUGAAAUGUUGAAUAGUCAAUGUUUAAAUGUAUUUGCUCAAAGUCCAAUCACUUUUCAGUUAAUUUGAAUAAAAUAUUGGAAAUUAGUAAUAUUUCUGAAGAGUGGGAAGCCCUUUCUUAUUUUGCACUAUUUUUUUUCUUCCUUUAGUAUUACUGUUCGAGUUCUGUAACUUGAGCCAGUAGAAAAAUCUUAAAAAUUGCUUCAACUUUUAAGUAGUAAACAUUUCGUUUAUUUACUUAAAAAUAGAAUAUCUCUAUCCUUUGGCAUUCUAACAAAUGUAACUUUUUUUUGCUCUUUAUUUACAUUUGUUUUUAACAAUUAGAGUAAAUUGAAGCUCCAUGUUACAAAACUCAGUCAUUUGUUUUUCAACAUAAAUGUGUUUACAAUCCAAUUUUAAUGUUUUAGAGCCUAUGGCUUAUCUCUUUUUUGCAUCAUAUGUUUGAAUUUUUGUAUGAAAAACUUGCUUUAUUUACUUUGGUAAAAAUGUACAUCUUCAUCCAUGGUGCCAGACGUAAAUAAUAAAUGUGUGCACACUUUUUUAUUAAACAGAAUUUUUGUUGUUUAUAAGUCACUUUGAGUUUGACAAUGCUGCUUAUACUUUUUUUUUUGUAUUUUUGUUGCUUUUUGUUGUUAAUAAUGAUUUAAGAGUAUACAAAAAAAAUUUAAAAUAUGAUUUCAACUAUCUUGUUGGAAAUUGUAUUACUUAAGAUUUGACUUCCAAAGAAAAAUUUGUUUCUGAUGAAACAAAAACUUCUGAGCUCUUCAUUUAUGUAAUUAUCAGAACUUCAAUCUAUUGACGGUUUAAAAAAAUAACAGAGAGUUGUUCUAAAAACUUGUUUUUUUAGAAAGUUGCAUUUUAUCGAUUUCAUCUACUUAGUUCGCUUGUUUAAAAACUGGUAUUUUCUAGUCAAAGUGUAAAACUGGAAAAUAAGUAUUGUUAUUAUAAUUUUUUUUUAUCUUAUUCCAAUGCUUUUUUUUUUUAAAGCUGUAAGAAAAAUUAAUAUUGUAUGUUUGUUAUAACAGAUAAUUAAUUGUCAUGUUUGCUAAAAUAGGCCAUUUUGUUGUAAAUUUGUUGAUGACUUAAGGUAAAAAAAUAAAACUGAAUAAUUCACAAGAUGAAAAUAAAGCUAUUUUUGUAAUCAAUGGAAAAUGUAAAAAAAUAUUUAAAUAAAUCACCAUAACUGUGAAUGACAAAUACCGUUUGUACUUGUGUAAUUUCUUUGUAAAGUAAAGUGUAAAAGAGAAAUAUCUUUUUCCAGAUUAAACACUACAUCUAUGGA